AUGGCCGAUAUACUAGAGAAAGUUAUGUCUCACAAGAAAGCUGCUUCGGUGGCUACGGGGCGUGACUCGAAGCCGCAGGCCGGGGAUACGGAGUUGUUAGCAACACUGGGGUACAAGCAGGAAUUGCGACGUCAUUAUUCGACAGUUGAGAUAUUCGCUGUUGCGUUUAGUAUUAUGGGACUUUUGCCUUCUAUUGCUUCGACUUUGUCGUUUUCUAUGCCUGCUGGUCCAGUCGGGUGGCUGGCUGCAAGUUUCUUCAUUUUUAUUGUCAGUUUGGCAAUGGCCGAUAUGGCAUCUGCAAUGCCCACAGCCGGAGGUCUAUAUUUCUGGACGCAUUACUACGCAGCGAAGAAAUGGAAGAAUCCACUUAGUUUCCUGGUGGGAUAUAGCAACACCCUCGGCUUGGUAGGAGGAAUCUGCUCCAUCGAUUACGGAUUCGCAAACAUGCUCCUCUCCAUGGUCUCUAUCGCGCGGGAUGGCAACUGGACGGCCACGAGACCAGUCAUCUACGGUACAUACGUGGCAACAGUCGCCGCGCACGGCUUUAUCGCCAUAUUUUUUGGGCGAGCAAUGCCGAAGAUCCAGUCCGCGUGUAUAUUCCUCAACAUCGCUCUAGUCGUCGCUACUGUUAUCGCCCUGCCAAUCGGAAAGGCUCAUAACAGUCCACCCGUGAACUCCGGCUCUUAUGUCUUCGGCGAGGUCCAGAACUAUACGACUUGGCCCGCGGGCUGGGCAUUUAUGUUGGCGUGGCUGUCCCCUAUUUGGACUAUUGGUGCGUUUGAUUCUUGCGUGCAUAUGAGUGAAGAGGCUACUCAUGCUACCCGCGCUGUGCCAUUGGGUAUCAUUGGUUCGACUGGAUUGUGUGGUAUUCUUGGGUUUGUCUCUCUGGCUGUUAUUGCUUCUUCGAUGAGUAAGGAUAUCGAGGGUAUUUUGGGCUCGAAGUUUGGUCAGCCUAUGGCUCAGAUUUAUUAUGAUGCCCUCGGCAAGAACGGUGCGCUUGGAUUCAUGGCCGUGACUAUGAUCGUCCAAUUCUUCAUGGGGCUUAGUAUCGUCCUAGCAGCAUCCCGCCAAAGCUGGGCGUUUUCCCGCGACGGCGCCCUCCCUUUCUCCAACUAUUUCCGAAAAGUAAGCCAACACAACCUAAUGCGCUACCAACCCGUCCGAAUGGUCUGCGGCAUAGUCGCCGCAUCCAUAAUCAUUGGCCUCCUUUGCCUUAUCGACAACGCAGCAGCAAGCGCCCUGUUCUCCCUCGCCGUAGCUGGCAAUGACCUAGCCUGGCUAACGCCUAUCCUGUGUCGCUUGCUUUGGGGUAAUGAGAGCUUUGUUCCUGGUGAAUUCUAUACGGGGAAGUAUCUCAGUAAGCCUAUUGGCUGGGUUGCGGUUAUUUAUAUGGUUUUCGCUAUUGUGCUCUGUAUGAUUCCGACUGAGGGUCCCAAUCCUUCGCCUUCGACUAUGAACUAUACCGUUGUUAUUAAUGGUUCGCUUUGGGUUUUGGCUUUACUUUAUUAUUAUGUUUAUGCGAAGAAGACUUAUAAGGGGCCACAGACUACUGUUAGUCCUGAGGAUGAGGGCAUGGCUACCCAUGUAGAUAUAGAUACUAAGUAG